AUGAAAACAGUGUUUGUUGUGACAACGGUUGGCAGUUCUUGUGCUAUUAUAUUGUCGCUCAUUGUUGUUGUACUCAUCUUCCAUGACAUCAGCGAGCUGUAUACCAAUGCAGUGAUAGAAAUGGAAGAAUUCCGAACAACAGCAGAGGACACAUGGCGUGAAAUCACAUACGCAAGUGUAAAUCCAUAUGGUGCUAUAAAGACAGCACCUUUCACGCUUAGCUCAAUAUUCCGAGCCAAAAGGCAGAAUAAUCAAUGCAAUUGUGGGCUAUCACCUAAGAAAUGUCCAGAAGGACCACCAGGACCACGUGGCAAAAUUGGCGAGAAAGGCGCAGAUGGAUUGCCAGGAGAAGAUGGUAUGCCCGGACCACCAGGCGUUACUUUGCUAGCAACCUACAACAUUCCGGGCGGUUGUAUCGAAUGUCCAUCUGGCGAACAGGGACCACCCGGAUCAGAAGGUCCGACAGGGCCACCUGGACCGAAUGGUCCUCCUGGUGCUCCAGGAAAGAACGGCAAACCAGGUCAAAAAGGUCCAACUGGGCGAAAAGGUAAUGCUGGUGAGACUGGGCCUGAUGGACCAAAGGGAAAGCCGGGUCGCGAUGGCAAGGAUGGAAAACGCGGGACCGGACCGCAAGGCAAAAAAGGACCAACCGGGCAGCGCGGACCAGAAGGUCCUAAAGGUGAUGACGGUAAGGAUGGAGAACCCGGACCACACGGUGAACCAGGACCAGAUGGUAAACCUGGUGCAGACGGACGUGAUGGGAGAGAUGGAAAACCAGGCAUUUCUGGUAUUGGUGGAAUGCCCGGGAAAGAUGCACUUUACUGUCCGUGUCCACCUCGACCACAAAAGACACCAGCACCACCGCCUAAUCAUUAUGAACAACAAAAAAGCGACGAACCACAGGGUGGUUACAAGCAGAAGAAAAAAAUGCAAAAGAAACAGUGACUAUCAUUCCCAUUUUCUCUAUAAAAAUUUCC